AUGACGAUCGAACAACACCUUGAUGGUCUCUUGCGCCACAUCGGUCUGCGUGUGGAUCACAGCCUGACGCCGCUUUCGGUCGCACUCGUGCUCUUUGCCGGAAUCGGAGCGCUGAGUGUCGGCACGUUUCUGCUGCGUCUCGGCCAGCUGCUCGCCGACGUCUUCGUGCUGCCGGGUAAACCACUCUCCAAAUUCGGCGCCAACAAGAAGGACUACUCCAAAGCCACCUGGGCCGUUGUCACGGGUGCUACGGACGGCAUCGGUCGAGAAUUCGCCCUGCAGCUUGCCAAGAAAGGAUUCAACAUCCUGCUCGUCUCGCGCAGCCCCGAGAAGCUCGGCGCUGUUGCUGGCGAGAUCGAAGCGGUCGCUGGUGGCGUCAAGACCAAAACGCAAGCCAUCGACUUUGCGCUCGGCGACGAACGACAGUACGAAGCGCUCGAGGCCGCGGUCAAGGACCUCAACAUCGGCGUGCUAGUCAACAAUGUAGGCAAGUCGCACAACAUGCCCGUGACGUUCGCCGAGACGACCGAGGAGGAGAUGGAGGACAUUGUCGAGAUCAACGUGGUCUCGGUGCUGCGUGUGUCGCGCAUGAUUGUGCCGGGCAUGGUGUCGCGCAAGCGCGGCCUGGUGCUCAACUUGGGCUCUUUCGCCGGGCAAGUCACCACUCCCAUGCUGGCGACGUACGCCGGCACCAAAGCGUUCCUCAGUGCCUGGUCCCAGGCUAUGGGUGAAGAGCUGCGCCGAAGCAACGUCACCGUCAGCCUGCUCAACACGUACUUUGUCGUUUCCAACCUCUCCAAGAUCCGCAAAUCCAGCGCCAUGAUCCCCACGCCCAAGCAGUACGUUGCGCAGGUGCUCAAGACCAUCGGCAGAAAUGGCGGCGCUGUCGGUCGACCGUACACUGCCACGCCUUGGCCGUUGCACGCUCUGGUCGACUGGGCCACUACAUUUAUCCUCCCGCGCGGAUGGCUUCUCAGCUACACUUACAACCAACAGGCAGCUACCCGCAAACGCGCCAUCCGAAAAGCACAGAAGACUCUCAAGUCGACCUGA